AUGCCGCCCUCGCAAAGAAGACGUCGUCAGGUGGACGAGGACGGAGACGCAGAAGAGGAUGCUCGUCCUCGACAGCGCCAACACAUCGAGGCCUCGGAGGCUGAACAAGACGAGGAUAUGUCCGAUGAAGAUACGGAGAUGAACGGUGCCGCCUCGGGUGCCGACGACCAAAUGGCCAAGAAGCUAGUUCGAUACGCAAUCUCAUGCGAGUAUUCGAGAACACCGAUAAAGAGAGAUGGAAUUAAGGAGCGAGCCUGGGGCAUGGAGCUGCGCGAGUUACCCGUCCGUGAGAAAAUGACACUUCAUGAAAAGAGACAAGCUAUGAAGUCCAACGCACAGCCCAAGACCGGUUCGGGUGCCUAUAUCCUGUCUUCAACAUUGCCAGAGGUAUACCGAAGCGCAUCGAUCCUAAAGCCAUCCAAGGUCCCAAGUGCGGAGCAGGAAGCAACCUAUUCUGCAUUCUACACAAUGAUUGUUUCGUUGAUAUGGCUGAACGGGGGGGAGCUCAGCGAGCAGAAGCUUCAGAGAUAUCUCAUGCGGCUCAAUGCCGAUCGGAUGCUGGCAAGCGAGAGAACAGAACUGGCGAUGAAGCGCAUAGAGAGACAGGGAUAUGUGAUCAAAAAAGUAGAUCGGCCGCCAGUCGGUUACGAGGGCGACCAGACCAUCACUUGGCAUGUCGGUCCCCGAGCGAAGGAAGAAAUUGGACUGGAUGGUGUCAUUGGGUUGGUGCAAGAGGUCUACGGCCACCCUGAGGAUGAGACCUUUGACAAGAAGCUUCGAUCGAGUUUGGGUAUUAAAAGUAGACCACUCGCCGAAGGAGGGGAGGAUUAUAACGAUGCUGGCAUGACAAACGGGGCGUAG